AUGUCAAAGGAAGAUGUUAAAGCAAUUCAAGAAUUUUUUCCUGAGAUAGAUCAAAAUUUUCCUUCAAAUCAAAAUGAAAGUAAUGAAAAUGGAAACCAGGUUGAAGUAUCACAUCAUCAAACACAAGUCGAUGCCUAUCAAUUAAGUGUUCAACCAUAUUCUCAACAAAAGCCUAGAACAAUAUUUACAACUGGAAUUACAAAACCAUCUGGACCAGCUGGUAGAAAGCCAAGAGCUAUGAGAACAAAAAAAAAUCGUUUAUUGACAUCAGUAACAUUGAAAAAGCUAAAAGAAAUUGUUUCAAUUGAAAAUAAUGAUCCAAAUCUAAAAUUAUCUUCUCAACAAAAAAUUAAACAACAGCCAAUAUAUAAAAAAAUGCCAAAACGUGUUGUAAGAAUUGGUAACCGUUUCCGUAAAAAUGAGAAAGAUGAGAAUUAUAAUUAUGAUUCAUAUAUUAAUGAUAAUGUGAUUAAUGAACAAGAAGAAUUAAGAAAUGAAUUAUUAAAAGAUGAAAUGAUAGCAAUUAAAUGUGGAAGAGAACCAGCAUAUCGUCAAAGUAGAUAUGAAUUGGCAAUUUUUCAAACUUCAACAAUAAAAAUAAAUCCUCUUUUUUUGAUGGCUCGUUGUGUUGAUUGUCAUGUUGAUACACAUCUAGAACAACGUUACUUUAAUUUUGUUCUCCCAUAUAAUCCAGUUGAAUGGUUGAAAUCAAAUGAUAAAGAAAAUUUAGCAAACUCCAAAGUAAAUGAAAAAUUUAAUGUUCUUAAUAAUUUCAUUUUUCAAAUACAAAUACAAGUUCCUUUUGAUUAUAUUUCAAAGAUCGAACCACAUUCUAAACAUGUGGUAAUGAAACUUAAAUCUUGCAUUGAACCAAAUUGGAUUGAUCUAAAAAACAAUUCUGGUGGUCUUUUGUCUGGUAAACUUGGUGAAAAACUUGAAAUGGAAAAGAAAGUUAAUAAUACAGAUUUAAGAGUUCAUCUGGAAGAUGUUAAAGCUGGCCUAUCAAAUGUAGAUGUAUUUGAAUUUACUUUUAUCAAAAAGAAUAUGGUUUGGUUUAAUCAUCUAAUAAAAGUUGAUUUUAGAUUUUUUAAAUAUCUUAUCAAUGAGCAAGGUGGUGACAAAACAGCUAUAAGAAGAAUUUUAAAAGAAAAGAUUGAAGAUAACUGUCCUACUAGAAGGGUUAAAAAAUCUUGUAAUAGAUCUAAAAUGGAACAUAUGUCAAGAAAUUUUAUGCCUGUAUCAUUUCCAAGUAACUCUUCAAAAUAUUCUAUGACAUUUAAAGUUUCUCCUUUAAGUAAACCAAUUAAUGGCAAAAGUUAUCUUAUUACAAGUCUAGACACAGGAUACAAUCUAGCAGUUGCUUUUCCAGUAUUAGUUGCUUUUAUUGAUCAAAACUCAUUUGAAAAUAUUCCUGUAAAUAUAAUUUUGGAUGAAAGUAUUAAAAAAAUAUUAUAA